AUGCGAACACUCACAUCUUAACAUGAAAGGCUACUGAAUCGGAGUCAGAACCUAAACCAGUAAAUCUACUGUGAGCGGCAGAGUGAUCAAAAUGGCUCUGUCAUCGCAAGGCAGGGGUUCCGACAGCACUGAAUUGAACCAAGAAAUUCAAACUCGGUCGCUUCAAGAACGAGUCGCGAUUGUUACUGGUUCGUCCCGCGGGAUUGGUCGAGAGAUUGCGCUUCAUCUAGCUUCACUCGGUGCAAGAGUCGUCGUCAAUUGCACCUCCAACGUGGCUCUUGCGGAAUCAGUUGCCGCUCAGAUUAAUUCAUCUUCCUCCAGUGGCGGUAAUCCACGAGCCACGGUCAUCAGGGCUGAUGUUUCUGACCCGACUCAGGUGAAGUCUCUAUUCGACGAGGCUGAAAAGGCCUUCAACUCACCGGUUCAUAUCCUGGUUAAUUCGGCUGCAGUUAUUGACAGCAAAUACUCCUCUAUAGCCAACAUUUCCUUGGGGGACUUCGACCAUAUUUUCAGUGUGAACACAAGAGGGGCGUUUCUGUGCUGUAAGGAGGCAGCAAACCGUUUGAAACAUGGGGGCGGAGGCCGAAUUAUAAUGUUAUCAACAUCACUGGUGGGUUCAUUGAUGCCAGGUUAUGGGGCGUACGCAGCAUCCAAAGCAGCCGUAGAGACAGUGGUGAAGAUUUUAGCAAAAGAGCUGAAGGGGACGGGAAUCACGGCCAACUGUAUUGCGCCUGGGCCUGUUGCAACAGACAUGUUUUUCUCUGGGAAGACUCAAGAACAAGUGAAGGCGGCUAUUGAAAUAUCUCCCCUGGGCAGGCUCGGCGAGACCAAGGAUAUAGCCCCUGUGGUGGGGUUCUUGGCCACUGACGCCGGUGAGUGGAUCAAUGGUCAGGUAAUUCGUGUUAAUGGUGGCUAUGUUUAGGUUGAUGAGCAAUCUUCUAUUAGACCAGGCGCAGGCCAGAAAAUUUAUUAGAGGGGUGAUAUGACAAAACAUGUACGAUAAUUAAAAGAAAAUUAAAUUUAUAUAUUUCACUAAUAUAAUAUAAAUAAUUUAAGGUA